AUGAAUACCGCAGACGCAAAAUUUGUGAGUCGACCAGACAGACGCCCAGUCUUGCGCAGUUACUACUACGGAGCGGCAAAGUUUACACGUGUUUGUUAUAGUUUAUUUUUGUUUUCUUCCUUUAUAAACCUUGUUUACUGUAACACAAUGGGUAAAGUAGCUACAGUUGAGGCACUCCGCUUUAUGACGGAUUGUUUGAAGGCAGUGGGUACCGUGGCUAGAGCAGCGCAGCAACAAGCAGAGCUUUUGAUAGAAGCUGAUCGAAUGGGGCAUCCAAGCCAUGGCCUUAACAGACUAGAACUGUACGUAAAUGACAUUAUAACCGGUGCGUGCACACCUAACAAUGAGCCGAAAAUUCUUAAAGAAAAUGCAUCGACGGCGUGGGUGGAUGCUAACAAUGUCCUAGGAGCCACAGUCAGCCAUUUUGCAAUGGAUUUAGCUAUUAGUAAGGCGAAGCAAACUGGAGUUGGAUGGGUGACCGUUAAAGGUUCAAAUCACAAUGGCAUGGCAGGGUAUUGGGCGAAAAAAGCAGCUUCUAAAGGACUUAUAGGGAUGGCCUUUACCAACACAUCACCUUUACUCGCUCCGACCAGGAGUAAACAGGCCGCAUUAGGAACGAAUCCGAUAUCAGUAGUGGCACCUGGAUCAAAGGGAGAAACAUUUUAUUUGGAUAUGGCAACUACCGCUGUAGCUGUUGGAAAGAUAGAAAUGCAAAUGAGGAAAGGUGAAACGAUACCCAAAGGAUGGGCGCAAGACCCCGACGGAAAGGAGACACAAGAUGCGAGCUUGGCUUUUAAGACAUCGUGUUUAAUGCCCCUGGGUGGAGCAGAAGAAACUUCUGGAUAUAAAGGAUUUGGAUUAUCUGCAAUGGUAGAACUAUUUUGUGGCAUUAGCUCAGGGUCCAACUACGGUCACCACAUUCGUUCGUGGUCUCAUAGUGGAGAAGGCGGCCCUGCAAAUUUAGGUCAUUGCUUUGUAGCAGUGGAUCCUGAAAACUUCGCACCUGGUUUUGGUGACCGUCUUACUGAUUGUAUACAACAUUGGAGAGAGUUACAGCCAACAGACAAAAAACUCCCAGUAUUGGCUCCGGGAGAUAAAGAAAAGAAUGCAGCACACAUCACUGACUUAAGAGGAACCGUAUCAUACGUAAAGCAGCAGUUGGAAUCUAGCGCGGCACUCGCUAAGAAGUUACAGGUCAAACCUAUGGAAAUCAUAAAGGAU